GAAGAAGAGAAUAAAAAAAGAGGGGAAGCUGAGAAAUUGAGACAGAAAGAAGAAGAACGUAAGAAGAAAGAAGAAGCUGAAAAAUUAAAACAGGAAGAAGAGCGUAAAAAAAGAGAAGAAGCUGAGAAAUUGAAGCAGGAAGAAGAAGAACGUAAGAAGAAAGAAGAAGCUGAGAAAUUAAAACAGGAAGAGGAGCGUAAGAAAAAAGAGGAAGCUGAGAAAUUAAAACAGGAAGAAGACGGAAAGAAAAAAGAAGAAGCUGAGAAAUUAAAACAAGAAGAGAAGCGUAAGAAAGGACAUGAAGCUGAAAAAUUGAAACAGGAAGAGGAGCGUAAAAAGAAGGAAGAAGCUGAGAAACUGAAACAAGAAGAAGAAAAACAUAGAAAGGAAGAAGAAGCAGAAAAGUUAAAAAAAGAGGAAGAGGAACAAAUGAAAAAAGAGGCAGAAAAAUUGAAACAAGAAGAAGAGGAGCGUAAAAGGAAAGAAGAAGAAAAGACGCUAAAACAGGAGGAAGAGUUAAAGAAGGAACGAGAAGAAGAAGAACGUAAGAAGAAAGAAGAGCAGGAGAGAUUAAUGCAUGAGGAAGAAGAUCGUAAAAAGAAAGAAGAAAAUGAAAAAUUAAAACGCGAAGAGGAGGAACGGAAAAAGGAACAAGAGGAAGAGAGAUUGAAACGUGAAGAGCAGGAACGUAAGAAAAAAGAGGAAGAAGAACGAAAGAAAAAAGAAGAAGCUGAAAAACUGAAACAAGAAAAUGAACGUAAGAAGCAAGAAGAGGACGAAAAAUUAAAGCGAGAAGAAAAGGAACGCAAGAAACAAGAAGCAGAAAAAUCACGGCUUGAAGAAGAGGAGCAUAAGAAGAAGGAAGCAGAAAAGUUAAAGCUCGAAGAAGAAGAACGUAAAAAACAGGAAGAAGAAAAAUUAAAAUUUCAAGAAGAGGAACGGAAGAAGAAAGAACAAGCUGAGAAAUUAAAACAAGAGGAAGAAGAACGUAAGAGAAAAGAAGAAGAAGAAGAAAGGCUAAAGAAGGAAGAAAAGGAACGAAAGAAAAAGGAAAAGAAAGAACGAUUGAAACGUGAAGAAGAAGAACGCAAAAAGAAAGAAGAAGAGGAGCGUAUAAAGAAUGAAGAAUCUGAGAAAUUAAAACUCGAAAAAGAACGUGAAAAGAAAGAAGAAGCUGAGAAGUUGAGACAGGAGGAGGAAGAACGUAAAAAGAAGAAAGCAGCAGAAAAAUUAAAGCAGGAAGACGAACGUAAAAAGAAAGAAGAAGCAGAAAAGCUAAAACAAGAAGAAGAACGUAAAAAGAAAGAAGAAGCCGAGAAAUUGAGGCAGGAAGAGGAAGAACGUAAGAAGAAGCAGGAGGCUGAGAAACUGGAGCAAGAAGAGAAACGCAAAAAACAGGAAGAAGCAGAAAAAUUAAAGCAAGAGGAAGAACGCAAGAAGAAAGAGGAAGCAGAAAAAUUAAAACAAGAAGAAGAACGCAAAAAGAAAGAGGAAGCAGAAAAAUUAAAACAAGAAGAUGAACGUAGAAAGAAAGAAGCUGAGAAGUUAAAGCAAGAGGAAGAACGCAAGAAAAAGGAAGAGGCUGAAAAACUGAAACAAAAAGAUGAGAAAAGAAAGAAAGAAGAAACUGAAAAGCUGAAGCAAGAAGAAGAGCGUAAGAAGAAGGAGAAGGCUGAAAAGCUAAAAGAAGAAGAAGAACGUAAGAAGAAAGAAGAAUCGCAAAAGUUAAAAGAUGAAAAGAAACGUAAAAAAAGAGAAGAAGCUGAGCAACUAAAACAGGAAGAAGAACAACGUGAGAAAAAGAAGGAAACUGAGAAACUGAAACAAGAAGAAGAGCGUAAUAAGAAAGCAGAACAACAUAAGAAACAAGAAUCUGAAAAAUUGAAACAAGAGGAGGAGCGUAAGAAAAGAGAAGAAGCUGAAAAAUUGAAGCAAGAAGAAGAGCUUAAGAAAACAGAGGCACAGAGAUUGAAGCAGCAGGGAGAAAAACGCAAGAAGGAAGAAGAAGCUGAGAAACUACGACAAGAGGAGGAACGGCGGGAAAAGGAGAAGGCUGAGAAGAGAAAGCAAGAGGAAGAGACACAUAGGAAAAGAAUAGAAGAAGAACAAAAGAUCGAAUCGGAAGCACUGAAACAGAGAGAGGAAAAAUUGCGAAAGAAGAAGGAAGAACGAAGAUUGCAGCAAGAGGAGGACGAGCGCAAUGAACGGGAGGAGGCGGAAAAGCGAAAGAAAGAGCAAGAGCAAAGAAAACGCGAGCGAGAGGAGCGCGCGAAGAAAGAGGAAGAGGAAAGACUCAAACGUGAAGAGGAGGAACGUAGGAAAAAGGAGGAGAGAGCCAAAUUAAAGAAAGAGGAGGAAGAACGCAGGAAAGCCGAGGAAGCGGAAAGAUUAAAGAGAGACCAGGAACGAGAAGAGCAGAGACGGGAGGAAGCCAGGCGACGAAGGGAAGAGCAAGAGAAACAGAUAAGAGACAUGACAGAGAAAGUCAGGAAAAGUGAGGAGGAACGCCUGAGGAAGGAAGACGAAACGCGUGAAAAUAGAAGACUGGAACGCGAACGAAGAAGACAGGAAGAGGUGGCGAAAUUACACAAGGAAGAAGAAGAAAGGCUUCAGAGGGAAGAAGAACGCAGGAGAAAAAGAAAAGAAGCGGAAAGACAGUGGAAAGAGGACGAAGAGACCAUUAGAAGAAGGGAGACUGAACGUUUGGAGAGGAAACGCGCCGAAGAGCGUCAGAAUAGAAAAGAGUCUGAACGUUUGAAGCGAGAGGACGAGGAAAGAAGACGCAGAAGAGAGACCGAGAGGCAAUUAAGAAGAGAGGAAGCAGCACGAGAGAUGAAAGAAGAAGAGGAACGUUUAAGAAGGCGACACGAGGAAGAAGCAUGCAGACUUAGAAAACGAAGACAGGAACAACUGAGGGACGAUACUUGGUCGAAGAUGAGACAGGGCGAGGCGGAUCAGUUGUUCAGAAAGAUAACGGACGACGCGUGGCGAAUUGGAAAAAUGAAAGCUGGCUCUUCGGACGUGGAAUUUUGGCGGGACAAGCGAGACAAGUCUUAUCGAUACGACUCUGGUUUCGAUUCAGGGCUUUCUAGCACGUCUAGAUCGUACAGUUGGAGAGAUUCUCUUACUUCUUUGACCAGAAAGAGAAUCGACGAUUUUCUCGAUUAUAAAUUGAGGGAUACUUCGAUCGACAGAUACUACCACGACACGGGGACGUAUUACAGAAGAAGAAGAAAGAGAGACGAUCAUAUUAUUCGAGCAAGAUCUAUCAGUUUGUUGAAGUACGAUGACUAUUCGACGGGGGAUAGCGACACGACUAUCACACCUGCUAUUAUUAGCAAACCACCGAGAUAUAGCGGCAGGCUAAAGAAGAGUUUGCGAACUGAUUUCGAGGAUCGUGGAUCGAAUUUGUCGAUAUAUCUACCAUCUAUUAAAGACGAGAUCACACCACGCGACAAGGGAAAGAAGCCAUCGUUCUGCACGAGGCUGACAAAUAGAACCGUAGGGGUUGGCAUGAGGACGAGAUUAACCUGCACUGUGCUUGGACACCCGGAGCCGAGAGUUUACUGGACGAAAGAUGGCGAAAGGCUCGACAUAACUACGAACAAAUACAAAACUCGAUUCGAUAAUGGUAUGGCUUAUUUUGAAUUGCACGAAGCACUCCCCGAAGAUUCCGGAUUGUAUACCUGUGUUGCCGAGAAUGUUCACGGAAUCGCGACCACAGAAUCCACGUUAAAAGUAUACCCCGAUUUCCAACCAGCAUUGUCACCCCCUACUUUUACGAGAUCUAUCAAAGACACUUAUCGACCAUCUGACAAUGAGUUGAUCCUGGAAUGUCGAGUUCGUGGCCAUCCAGUACCAAUCAUCUCCUGGUUGAAAGACGGUUGCAUUCUUCAAGGCGAUCGUUACAAGCAAUGUUACCUAGACGAUGGCAUCUAUCGGUUGGAAAUUGCUGCGCCCAAUUCUUUAGACAAUGGUCGAUACAUCUGCAGAGCUACGAACGAUCUACGAACUGAAGAGAUAUCGCAUAUCGUUCAGUUCAAUGGUAAUAUUUCUAAUUUCACUCAACAAGAUUUCUUUUCUAAACGUCACGUGCGAAUUAACUUGUUCCAAGAACGAGAACGACGAAUUACGGGGAAGCAUGAGAAAUCGUUUGACGACUACUUCAACAUCGAAGCUUAUAAGAGACCGCGAUUCUCCAACUAUUUAUGCGACUACAGCGUUCCCACUGGCGGUACCAUUGCCUUGCAAGUCGAAGUUAAAGGUGUUCCAGCGCCGGAAGUAAGAUGGUUCCGUGGCGAAAGACGAGAACCAGUCUCGAUCCCAAAGGCGAAGACGUUCAGAGAAUCUGACGUUCACACCUUGGUUCUACCAGAAGUCACUGAAUCAGAAAGGGGCACGUACAUUUGUAGAGCUAUUAACGCUUAUGGUCACGUAGACAGUAUUGCUACUGUCGACGUGAUAUCACCUAGUGCGAUCGAUGGUGAAAAACCAGCCAUGUUCGUUUCAAGACCCUCGGAAAAGUCGAUCACAGUCACCGCUGGCGAAGAUGUCAGUGUUUCGUUUAGAUUCUGUGGAGUUCCUAAACCUCGUGUUACGUGGAUGAAAGGAUUGAGAGACAUCACGGACGGUCCUCGAUCUUACAAGGAAACCAUCGACGAUUACGUGAGGCUAACAUUGAAGAGAGUGGUACCUUCGGAUGAAGGCACAUACUGCAUUCUGCUUAAAAACAGAUACGGUUGUGAUAGAAGUUUCUUCUCGAUCAAGGUGAAACAACGAGCUAGGUCUCUGACACCUGAAUGGAGCACUUUGAGCAACCGUACUGAGACCGGAAGUUAUAUCGGCCUGUCCAGCGAGAGUCGCGACGAUGAUCUGCCCUAUAUGAAAAAUGUUCCAGGGCCAAUUACGAGCGAGCCAGUGGUGGUCGAUGGAGGAAAGAACUGGUUGUCUUUGAGCUGGGGAAAAGCAGAGAAGAGAGGACCAGCACCUGUCAUCGCUUACAGAGUCGACGCUUGGUUGCUUGGCAGUGAUGGUGGUGCAAGAUGGGUCGAGUUGGGUAUGACGCCAAUAAACGCGUUCGACGCGUUCAAUCUGAAACCUGGUGGCGAAUACAAGUUCCAAGUAACCCCACGAAACCGCUAUGGAUGGGGCGAGUCCGUCACUAUGACGAAUUCUGUCAAGGUCAGCGAGACCGUCGACCUUCCAGAGUUCACGAAGAUCCUUCCAGGUCAGCUCAAAGUCCUCGAGGCGACCACGAUUCGAGCUGAUUCAAAGGUGGACAUAAAAUGGUACUACGAGUCGAUGGAAAUUGAUCCCAACGACACCAGAUUGUCGAUUUCUCACACUGGAUCCAAAUGUUGUUUGACGAUUGGGAACGUUCAGGAGAUCAAUAGUGGGAGAUACGUUUGCGAGGCAGGUAAUUCGGUUGGAAAGGUGUCGUCGUUCGCUAGAGUUCUGGUUGUCAACGACCCGAAAAUUAUCGAGGCUGAUGAGAAAUUUAGAUCGAGAGCCCUAGGAGAUGAAACAGAAGACAGACCACCAGAAUUCACAAUGAGACUUCGAGACAGAAGAGUUCAAGUAUCCUACCCGGUGAGACUCACGUGUCAAGUGACAGGAAAUCCGGCUCCAGAAGUCACGUGGUAUAAGGAUGCCGAAGAGAUUCGUCAAGAUGAGCGUCACGUAUUUUGGAACAAUGAUUCGAACUUCUACACUCUGGAGAUUAUCCACUCCGUGCUGGAAGAUUCUGGCUGUUACAUGGUAAUGGCGAAGAACGCAAGUGGUUCGGUAUCUUGUCGAUGUAUCCUGGUAGUGGACAAAGGAAUUCGCGCUUAUAUCGCUCCAGAAUUUCUCUGUGAUCUUGAUGCUGCUUACACCGUGAAAUUAGGCGAAGAUUUGCGAAUGACAGCUCAAAUAGAGGCGUAUCCUAGUGUCGGCAUUGUGCAUCGCGAUGGAAUUCGUUUACGACCGAGCAGAAGAACGGUGAUGACCUUGAACCACGAUGGUACCGUCGAGUUGUCCUUGGCCAAGGUCACCCAAAGGGACGUCGGCGUUUAUUGUUGCACAGCUACGAAUGAGGUUGGCUGUGCCGAGACUUCAACAAGAGUGUCCAUUAUUGGCACUGAAACGCAAAAUGAUGAGAGGUUUGUCGAAGGAGUGCCAACUGUGACGAUCGCGCCUAUGCCAGACAUACCAUACUCGAAGGAACCUCUUUUCGUCACGAAGCCAUUGUCUACCGAGGCGAUUGAAGGCGAUACAGUCAUUAUAUCCUGUGAAGUAGUCGGUGAUCCUAAACCGGAAGUGAUGUGGCUGCGAGAUUUUCUCAGGCCUGAUUACUACAGGGACGCAGCCCACUUCCGGCUGGUCGGCGAAGGACCUCAGUACCGGCUGGAAAUACCGUACGCGAAACUCGACUUCACGGGAACGUAUUCCGUAAUAGCGCGGAACUGCCAUGGGGAGGCCAAAGCCGUGAUUUCUUUGCAGAUCUACGCGAAAGAAAGGUGCUGACUUUGCCGGUAGUCACGAGGGAACUGCGAGAUCUAAGAUGCUGCGACGGAGAUGCUGUUACCCUCGAGUGCAAGGUACACGCCGCUCCCGAGGAGCCAUUAGUGCGCUGGGAACGUGGAGGAAAGAUUCUCCAAAUGGGGGGCGAUUUCUCUGCUGAAUUCGACGGAGAGACCGCACGUCUGUGCAUCCAGCACGUAUAUCCGGAAGACGAGGGCGAGUACACAUGCGUGGCAUAUAACGACCUUGGGAAAGCAUUCACGUCAGCGUGUCUAAUAGUGGAUGUGCCUGAAGGGAAAGAGAAUGUACUGAGCCAAAGACUGACGAGGCCGGCAGGACUUCUGUCAGCAGGAUCUACACCAAGAUCGACACCACGCUCGACACCCAUUAGGACUUUGUCUCCUGCAGUUUCGCAUGGUCGAGAGUUAAGGUCUCCGCAGCUUCUUCCACGAAGUAGGUCGAUGUCAAGACGACCAAAGAUCAGUCCGCCGAAAUUUUACGCGGUUCCGCAUAAUCGAGUGGUCGAGGAGGGAGAAACCGUGCGAUUCCAGUGCGCUGUGGUCGGCCAUCCGGCUCCGUGGGUGAAAUGGGACAAAAAUGGUAUAAUCGUCACGCCGACUGCGAGAAUUUCAAUAAAAGAAAGAGACGACGUGAAGAUACUGGAAAUCGUCGAGGUGACCCAGGAAGACGCCGGACUGUACAGAGUGAUCGUGGAGAACGAUUAUGGUCGUAUUGAAGCCAGUGCUCGCCUGGAAGUAAUAAAUCGUCAGUUACUUGGAUCGGUUGCCAGAACAAUCAGAACCAGAAGUGCAUCGCCUAGAACGUAUCCAUCAUUUAGUCGAAGUCUGUUAGACACGACUAGCAGAAUAAACGGAAGAUUAUACCUCGAUUGCGGCAUCAGAGGAACGCCUAGCCCAACACCAACAUGGUUCAGAAAUGGACGACCGUUGGAACGAUCGAUUCGAGUAAAAAGGUACUUCGACGGCAAAACUGCGAAAAUCGAAAUUUUAAAAGUGAAAGCGAGCGACGCGGGUGAGUACACGUGCGUGGCAACGAACGUCCUUGGUUCUACGAAAAAUUCUUGUCAGGUGACCGUUCUUGAUCCUUAUAAUCCAUCUACGUGCGACAAGGAUCCACCGAAAUUUUUACAAUCCCUCCCAGAGGAAUCGAUCGUCAUGGAAGAUCACUGUUAUGAGCUUCAAACGAGACUCACAGGUACACCACCUUUUUCGGUGACUUGGUUAAAGGACGGUCGUGAGAUACCUGAUAACGAUUGCCAUAAAUACGUUAUAUAUGGCGAUGGUGGUGUCGCUUUGAGAUUGUCCAAUGUUUGUCCACAAGAUGCUGGCGAGUACACUUGCCUCGUUCGCAACAAUUUCGGAGAAGCAUCCAGCAAUGGCCUGUUUGCUGUUCAAGAUUACAAAGGUAUUCCGAAAUUGGCGCCACAGUUCACGAAAACUCCAGUGUCAGUCAUCGCGUUCAAAGGUGAGACUGUCUGUUUCUGUUCUCGAGUGCAAUGUGGAAAACCAAUGGAGAUCAUGUGGACGAUCAAUGGAAAGGACGUUAGAGAAAACUCAAGGUGCAAGAUUGAAAAAGACGAUAACGUUAGCAUUCUUAGGAUACACGACGUGCAACCGCGAGAUACCGGUGAGAUUCGAUGCACUGCGUCCGUGAUUGGAAAAGGGCUAUCAAUCAGUUGCACAGCAGAAUUGAGACUAAGCCGGACAGUGCAAAAUUUCGAAGGCUCGACAUGCCAUAACGCGUGCGAAAUUAAAAACGAAAAACCACCGAAACCCCCUAGUUGUAGCCGUAACAAUUCCCUCAGAAAGACAAGAGACGUUCCACCUUCCCACCGAAAUCAACGAUACGAGUCUCCUGUACGAACCAGAUCAUCCUCGUUACCUCUCAGAUCUACUCCCAGUCCCAAACAAUCUCCUAUGCCUGCGAGGAAAAAUAUUCCUCCAAGUCCGCCGUUUGACGCCAGAAAAACACUGGCGACCAACAAAAGGAAAGACGUUCGUCCCAAAAAGUUGGAACGCAAAGUUACGCAACGAGUGUGCCAACAGGAGAUUUCGUCGUCUUCGGAGGACGAGGAUAUUUCCAGAGAAAAAUCUUCCGAAGUAUCGAACGACAAAGUUUCGAAAUUAGUAGAAAACAAAGAGGAAGCUGUACAGAGUUCGUCGAAGUUUUCUGACUCGCUUAAGACUGAUAACGGUGCGAAACAAAUUCAGGAUAAUUAUAAUAAGCACGAUGAUACGCCUAUAAUAUGCAUGGAGAGCGCUCUGCAAGAAUUGGAGCUGGGUUCAAUUGUAGAGAAGAGCGAAAUGAUUGUGACGAAAGAGGAGAAAGUUGCAAUUAGAUCGGAGGAAUUCGUGGCUGCUAGUAUUGUAAAGGUACCGGCUGACGUCACGGUUUUCCGUGGAAACAGAGUAGUCCUCAGGGUCACGUAUCAAGGCCAUCCGGAACCAAUCGUCAAGUGGCUUCGAGCGGGUCGAGAGUUGACUGCAAACAAAAAGACUGCGAUCACCUAUGGCGGUGGAGUGUCUUGCUUGAUAUCGGACGAUGUGACUGCUGACAAUGCCGGAAAAUACGAGGUGUCCGUGGAAAAUAAACUGGGAAGAGAUCGACGGUGUUUCAGUGUUGCUGUCGAAGGUCCACCUGACCCGCCAGCAGGUAUUCCGAACGUAUGUUGCUCCACGGGGACAGCGACCAUCAACUGGCGGUCAUCUCCCUACGAUGGUGGUUGCACAGUAACCGGUUAUACUGUGGAAAUGAACGGUGCCGGUGGAAACACUUGGGUGACGAUCGCUGAAUCCUGUCUCUCGCUGAGCCUCACGAUAUCGACCGUCGAAACAGAGACCGUGACACCUGGUGAGAGGUACCGUUUCCGUGUAAGAGCUGAAAACAUCCACGGGGUUAGCGAACCUGGACAGGAAUCUGAAUUCGUUCGAAUUCCGAAGGAAGGUGAGACGUGUCUGCAGAACGACGAGGAAGAAUUCAAGCCACCGUUCGAGGCUCGAAUCGUAGAAAUGGAAGAUGGACAAUUGUUCAACGAUCGAUAUCAAGUAUUGGAGGAGUUGGGGAAAGGUCGAUACGGAACUGUAAGAAGGGUGGUCGAGAAGUUUUCAGGUACAAGUUUCGCGGCGAAAUUUGUCAGGACUAUCAAAACGAAGGAUCGAGAGCAAGUUCGAGAGGAAAUUCGAAUUAUGAACAUGCUGCGACAUCCAAAGCUGCUCCUUCUGGCAGCUGCUUUCGAGAGUCCCCGAGAAAUCGUGAUGGUUACCGAAUACAUUUCUGGCGGCGAACUUUUCGAGAGAGUGGUUGCCGACGAUUUCACCCUGACUGAAAGAGAUAGCAUACUGUUUAUGAGACAAAUCUGCGAGGGUGUCGAAUAUAUGCAUGAGAACAAAGUAGUACACUUGGACCUGAAGCCCGAGAAUAUAAUGUGCAGAACACGAACUUCCCAUCAAGUAAAGCUCAUUGACUUCGGCCUGGCACAGACUCUCAAGCCAGACACGCCGAUCAGAGUCCUUUUCGGCACGCCAGAAUUCAUACCGCCAGAAAUAAUAAGUUACGAACCGAUCGGUACCGAGUCGGACAUGUGGAGCGUCGGUGUAAUCUGUUACGUGCUCUUGACCGGUUUGUCGCCAUUCAUGGGCGACAAUGACGCCGAAACCUUCGCUAACAUCACUCGAGCUGAUUACGACCUGGAGGAUGAAGCGUUCAAUGCAAUCUCGAAUGACGCUAAAGACUUUAUAAGCGGCUUGCUUGUCAAACGAAAGGAAUCGCGAAUGUCGGCAAGACAGUGUUUGGAGCAUCCUUGGAUGGCACAGCACGCAGAAGCGAUGAGUAGGAUAGCAUUGCCGACAGAAAAAUUGAAGAAAUUCAUCGUACGAAGAAAGUGGCAGAAAACAGGAAAUGCCAUUCGUGCACUGGGAAGAAUGGCGAUCCUUUCAGCGAACAGCCGACGAAGUCCAACAACCACGGCGGAAUCAUCGCCAACCUUGGAUCCCUCAAGUUCCAUCGAAUCUCCGCGAACGAUCAACUUUGACGUUUCAACGGACGAGCAGAAUCAUAAAAAAUCGUGCGACAUUGAAAGUGCGAUAGGAAAGUACGGCCCGAGCCCGAACGAGCUGGAUACUCGAGAUGGGAACUUGUACUCGUUCUCUUACAAGUCAGAGGUAAACCUCGUGCCAGAGGAAACGUUAGACUUGACUCGAAAGGAGGAGACGCGCAUAUCGUCGGACCUUGACGAGUCGUCAUUGAAAAAUGAACCGACGACGGAUCGCGCGGGAUCGUGUUCUCAGGGAAAUGAAUCCGCAGGCAUUCAAGAAACUGAUACCACCGGGAAAACUCGAGCCCAGAGUGAAGUUCAGUCAGAGCGAUUGCUUCCUAUGGAGAGGAUCGAGGAGGAAACCGAGAUCGUGACGCGAUGUCAGUUCGAGGAGCGUAUCUCGAUAACCGAAGAAACUUCGAUUUUGACGAGUGUCGAGGAGAAAUGUUCGAUUGAUUUCAAUGAUGAAUCGCAGUCGCGGGAUUUACUUCGGGACGAGGUCGUGACGAAAACGACGAUAAGUGAUGAGAUUAAUUCUGAAGAAUCAAUAACUACAGAAUGCAAGGACUCGGGGUGGAACGUCGAUGAAAAAACAGCCAGCGAAGAUUUGGUAGUGGAAAUAGAAAGGGAAUUGAAAGAGAAGGCGGACCAAAGGUCCAAUGUUAGCUCGCAGAAGUCGCGUCGAGUUUUCAGAGGUGAUUCGCGUGAUUCUGGGAUCGGUGAUUGCAUUUCGAAUUUGUCCGCGUCCUCGCAGCAAGUGAACGAACUGGUGUCUAGCGAAAUUGAGGACCCAAGGUUACUAAUCGGAAGAAUUCAUAGCAAGUUCGUUCCGACCGGAAAUGUAAGUCGUACAGCUAAGUUAUUCGAGAAAGAGGCAGCAACAUCGAAAUCACCGACGAACGUCCCGCAAAUAUCACAACGCACGUAUCCUGCGGUUAGUAUGGUGACGGGGAAACCUCACAAUGAAAGGAUACAAAAGGCCUUUGCCUUUUGGAAUAAAUAAACCGUGCAUAUGAGUAUAUCAAUGAUGACACUUGAAAGUAAAUCGCAUAAAAUGAUAUCUUUAAAAUUGUACGACUGAAACUCUAUGCACUUGAAAAGUCUUAUUUUCAUGUUCUCAAGUCACGAAUAGAAUUUAUAGUGAUAUGUAAGGUUUUUUUUUUUUAAGUGCACACGCAUUACUAUGUGAGAUUCACCUAACGAUGUACUGAUUAGUGAAAAUUAAAAGCAAACAAUUUAUUAAUCUACACGAUAAGGGAAUUUUAUCGCAAGAAAAGAAAAAAGAGAUAUCAGUCCCACGUAGUCUGAGACAAUUAUGAUAACCAUUAUCUCAUUGCCAUUAUUUAUUUUUUUCUUUUGAAUCGAAAUUGUAUCGAAAUAAUAUUCUUCAAUCUCGAAACAUAAUUGAAGUUAGGUUUUAACAUUAACAUUUGCAUAUGUAGAUAUAUCCUCGAUGACUUCGAU